AUGACUAUAGCCACGGAAACCCCCGAAUACCAUCUCAUCGGCCUACACACCCGCUACUCCAGCUGGACAGCGCGCGUUGAAGCAGUACUGGAAUACUUCCAAAUCCCAUACACGCAUCAAUUCGUGCAAGUCGCCGAAAUAAAAGCCGCUUCCCCAACCGGUCUCGUCCCAAUUCUACAAUGCCAUUCCCUCCCUCAAACAACAAUCACCGAUUCCCUCGCCAUCUGCGAGUUCCUCGCCGAAUCUAACCCAUCCCUCCCCCUCUGGCCACGAGACCGCCACCUGCGCGCCCUGGCCCGCAGCGCCGCCGCCCAGAUGCAUUCCGGGUUCCCCGUGCUCAGGAACGCAUUCCCCACGAACUUCGUCGCUCGGUAUACAGGCAACGUGCCCGUUCCGGAGGGUGCGGGUGUAGAGAUCGAGCGCAUGUUGGGCAUCUGGGAUUCAGCGCGUAAGGUGACGAAAGAACGUCUUGCGCUGCUGGGGGAAGUCGAUGAAGGGUUUUUGUUUGGUGGGUUUGGGAUUGCGGAUGCGUUCUUUUGGCCGGUUCUUUGGCGGUUCCGCUCCUAUGGUCUUCCUCUAGAUGCUGCGGGGCCGGAUGCUUUGGCGUGGAUGGAGACUAUGUGGAAGGAUCCUGCGUUUAAGGCUUUGGGAGAUAAGUACUAUGCGCAGGCUGAGGAUCCGGAGAGUCGUAUUGCGAAAUACGAUGAUUUCUUCUGUGGUAGGGAUGAUGUGCAGGGUGGUCUGUUCCCUCGGGAUUGGUCGUUCUCGGCUCCUGGGAAAUGA